AUGGAUAUUGUACGAACAAAAAAGGCAUACAAAACAAUCUGCAUUCUAGUUGCAUUUGUGGGAGCUACACUUCUUAACACAUCCAGUGGAGUCAAUCCAGGCUUGGGGAACAUUCAAAGUCCUGAUACAGUUGGGCAUGAAGCUUGUACGUCUCAAAAGUGUCUGGAGGAUAUGGCCUACGAAUUUCCAUUUCCCAAAGACAUUAUAUCUCAUCAUGCUAUGAUAGGAAUGCUGGAGAGUCUACGGAAACUGAAUCUCAGUGGUAACAAACUCGAGACACUACCACCUAAGAUAGGAAACCUGAAGCUUUUAGAGAUACUAGAUCUCCGUAAUAAUGAAUUCGAAACACUACCACCAGAGAUAGGAAACCUGAAGGAACUAUUCUGGCUGUAUCUUGGUAAUAACAAACUCGAGACACUACCACCUAAGAUAGAAAAGCUGAAAUAUCUACGAGAACUGGAUCUAAAAGAUAACAAU